UAAAAAUUAUAAGAAACACGUGGAAUUGGAAUGUUCCCUAUUCAGGAAUGGUGUAUUUCCGGCGGAUCUACAGAGGACGCCAUGUUAUUAUCUAUAUCGCGUUUCUCUGCCAUUUUUGUUGCGUCGACGUUAAGUGUGGCCAGGGGCCUCUCUCUCUUCAUAGCAUUCAGUCAUCAAGCUUCGUUUGUAUCUGAUAAUAGCAUCAGAAGAACACCGGUAUUACGACUGUUCUGACAGGCGACUGAAAUUUCGUUCGCAUAUUGGCGUACACAAUAAGUAAGAAAAAGAAUAUACAAAUAUAAGGAAACGGGAACGUUGAACUUUUUUGGCACGGUGAGAGAGUUACGAUUUGGGGAGAGUGAGCUACACGAGAAUCUACGGCAGAGCUACGAAAACUACGCACAGAGGCGGAGUAAUAUGAGUAAUGCAGCCAACCAGAAUGGAUCAGGUCUAGAGCAGCAGUUAGCUGGUCUGGACUUGCAGGGCUCCCGCCAACCAAGCGAGGGUCGCUACGUUCCACCACAUCUACGUAAUAAAUCUGCAAGUAGCACACCGUCAGCCGGUGACCAACAUUCCAAUUCUAAUUCUCGGUCACUGUAUUCUGAUAGAGACAGGGGCGGAGAUCGGGAUAGAGACCGUGAAAGAGAGAGGGAUAGGGGCAGAACAGCAGGUCUAGGAUUUAGAGACACCCGUAGUGGUGGACGCGACGUCGAUUUUGGAAAUUUUGGCAACUUUGGUGGACGCAGUAGACGCGCUCCUAAUCAGGAAAAUGGCAGAGAUUUUAGAUAUGCAGGUUCCGAACGUGAUCGGCCAAUUAGUACCGGUAAUGAUCGAUGGCAGGAGCAACCUAGAAAUGAUCGUUGGCAAGAGAGUAGAAAUGAUCACAGAAUGGGAAGCGGUGGUGGCAGAUGGAAGGACGACAGGGAAGGUGGUAGAGGAGGAGGAAGAGGAGAAAUCGAUUGGACGAUUCCCACAACCAGAGAUGAGCGAUUGGAGGUGGAACUAUUUGGUACUGGUAAUACUGGUAUCAAUUUUAGUAAAUACGAGGAUAUACCAGUUGAGGCUACUGGCGAUGACAUACCACCACACAUCACAUCGUUUGAUGAAGUCAAGCUGACCGAAAUCAUAAAAAACAGCAUUAGCUUGGCAGGUUAUGAUAAGCCUACACCAGUUCAAAAGUAUGCCAUUCCGAUCAUCAUCGGACGGCGCGAUGUGAUGGCCUGUGCCCAAACAGGGUCUGGUAAAACAGCGGCCUUCUUAGUGCCAAUAUUAAAUCAGAUUUAUGAGAGCGGACCCCGUGCGCCACCACCGCAGGGCAGUUCUGGAAGACGUAAGCAAUAUCCAUUAGGUCUUGUGUUAGCACCUACGAGAGAACUUGCUACUCAAAUUUAUGACGAGGCGCGCAAGUUUGCGUAUAGAUCGCGUAUGCGACCUGCUGUAGUUUAUGGUGGCUCCAAUAUAGUGGAUCAAAUGCGAGAAUUAGAUCGGGGUUGUCAUUUACUAGUUGCAACUCCUGGUCGUCUUGCUGAUAUGCUUGGCCGUGGUAAAAUUGGCUUAAAUAAUUGCAGAUAUUUGGUAUUGGACGAAGCCGAUCGUAUGCUUGACAUGGGUUUUGAACCUCAAAUAAGAAAGAUCGUUGAAGAGGAUACCAUGCCACCGACUGGAGAAAGACAAACACUUAUGUUCUCUGCUACGUUCCCAAAGGAGAUACAGAUGUUAGCUCGAGACUUUUUAAGCAACUAUAUAUUUUUAGCAGUUGGCCGUGUUGGUUCUACGUCCGAAAAUAUUACACAAAAAAUUGUAUGGGUCGAGGAACAAGAUAAACGUUCAUAUUUACUCGAUCUUUUACAAGCUAGUAGAUUUUCAGAUCCUUCCGCGCUAACGUUGGUAUUUGUCGAAACAAAGAAAGGAGCAGAUAUGCUCGAAGAAUAUUUACAUAAUAUGGGUUAUCCAGUAACCAGCAUUCAUGGUGAUAGAACUCAGCGAGAACGAGAAGAAGCAUUACGUCGAUUUCGUGCAGGAAAAGCGCCGAUACUUGUUGCUACUGCUGUGGCUGCUCGUGGUCUUGAUAUUCCUCACGUUAAGCACGUUAUUAAUUUUGAUUUGCCAGGUGAUGUUGAGGAGUAUGUUCAUCGUAUCGGUCGUACAGGACGUAUGGGGAACUUAGGCUUAGCAACAUCUUUCUUCAAUAACAAGAACCAGAAUCUUGUACGGGAUUUGGUAUCUCUUCUCGUCGAGGCUAAUCAAGAGCUUCCACCUUGGCUCGAAGAUUUGUUCACGGAUGCACGUUAUUCCGGUGGUUGUUCUCGUCGUGCAGGUAGUACCAAAGGAGGUGGAGGUGGUGGCGGCGGUGGUGGUGGCGGCGGAGGAGGAGGCGGAGGAGGUGGAGGACGUUUCAGCGGUGGUUUUGGUGCACGUGAUUAUCGUCAGCAACCAAGUGGUGGAUCUACUCGUAAUAAUGGUCCAUCAAGUAGACCAGGUAGUUACGGAGGCGGUUACGGAGGAGGUUAUGGAGGGAAUUAUAAUUCAUCAUACAACAAUACCGCUAACAACAGUAGUGGUGGUAUACACCCUGAUUGGUGGGAAGGAUGGGACAAGUAAAUCCUUAUCGCCAUCUCUAUUUCCACUUCUACCAUUAUUAAUCUACACGAAAAUUUAAUUAUAUGUAAGGAAGACACGUACGACAUACACAUCCAAUAUAAUGAGCACACGUAACGAUGGACGCGUGCGUAUAUUCUCGCGUAUGUUAUAUAUGUAUAUACACAUAUACAUAUAUAUAUAUAUAAUAUGUAUAUUCAUAUGUAUACAUAUAUACACAUAUAUCAAUGGACAGACAGUAUCACGUAUAAUCCAUUCACGUUUGCUAACUGCCUGAGCACUCCAGUUUCCGAAGGAAAAAAACAAAGAAAAAACCCCCUGAGCAAACUAUCUUGAUUGAAUUCCACACACAACUAUUACACACAUACACACAUGUACACACAUUUAUUCGUGCGCGUUUUUGAGUCUUAACAAAUCCUCGUUUAACCGAUGUGAGAAGAUUAUAUUUUGUUAUCGGAUAUCAAAAAGAGAUAAAAAGGGUCGCUGGAGGUGCGCAUAAAUAAUUUCUAGAAAUAAUUAGAAGGAACUUGGAAUAAUAAUUUCGGACGAUAUAAAAAUAAUAUAUUAUAAUAUAUAUCAAGAUAUCCGCAAACAAAAUGUGUAGGAUUUGUUAAGCGCUAGUUAGAAAUCCAACCAACGUCUCGUUGCUAUUGCGCGCCGACGAAUACAAGUAGUAUCUAAUCAAUAACAAAUCAAAUCGAUUGAUCGUUAAUACCUGUUCCGAAGGUAACAAUGUAAUACUACAUAGUAGAUGAAGAAACUUAGUAAAAUUUUUUAGAACUCCUGUCGAGACUACGGGGCUCAUUGUAGCUUUAUUAUUUCAAUUCUUUGAGAAAACGAGAGAGAGAGAGAUAGAGAGAGCAAGAAAAGAAAGAAAGAAAGGGGGGGGAGAGAGAGAGAGAGAGAGAGAAAGAAAGAAAGAGAGACAGUGUGAGAGGCUCUUUGUCAAUAGACUCAGAAACGAUACGACCGCUAUUAAUCGUUUAAAUAUGCUUAGAAUGAAUGAAGAUGACGUUUCUCAAAGAUCAACUAUUCGUAUCAUUUGGUUUCAGUGUACUGCUGAUGUUAUUUUUGAUUAUCAAAACACAUUUAUCUCUGGCGCCCGUGGUACGUCCAGCCAUUACCGCCAUAUAUUUCGUGACUAUAUCAUUUUAUUAUUCUUUUUCCUGUAUGUAUGUACAUACAUAAGUAUACAUCAUAUAUAUGUAUACUUUCAUACAUACAUACAUAUAUGUAUGUAUCUAUGAUACAUAUAUAAAUUUUGUUUUCCUUUUUUUUUCUUUUUAAAACAUAAUAUAACUCAGCAACGAAUGGUACUUUGUUGUUUUGCCGUCCCCAGAGACAGACUACGCUGUACGCCGGCAAUAUCACGGUUUUACUCGAAUAUGCCACGUGAAGUUUUUCUGGGAAUCGAAUAUAAACUCGAGACCGGAAAAGAAUAAAUAAAUAAUAGGCUACGUCUUAAGGUACCUUUAGAAAUCUCAUUUCUAGAUCUACGUAUCUACAUUUUGUCAUAUAACUUUUUCAUUUAAUUGUAUCUAUUCUCGCGUAGAAAAGGUAUUAUAUAUAGGAAAGGAGAUGUGUUUUGCAAAAUGAGCUUAUCGAUCUGUAAAGUAUUUUCUUUUUUUUCUUUUUUUUUUUUUUCUUUUUAAAUAAUUUCAUUUUGUUAUCUUUUUCUUCUUCUUUUGUAUCCCGUUUCAUGUUAGUUUAAAUGAGCGACAUUAAUCGCAUAUGCGCUGCUGGUGUUAGGGGAUAACAAAAAAGAAUACGAAGAAAAGAAUCCCACUCUCUCAUAAAAGAUAAUUAAGAAAACAACAGAUGCAUCAAUUGCGCGUAUACAUGAAUUUUAACAUAAUUCCUAUAAAUCAUUUCUAAACGUAACAAAGACGUUGCCCCUAAGUGACAAAACUAUUACGGUGUGUUAUACAAAAUAUUCAAAUUAUAAUGUGGUCUGGUUGCGAGAGAGAAAACGAGUGAACGUGAGAGAAAGAGAGAGAGAGAGAGAGAGAGAGAGUGUUUUAUACGAGAAAAAUAAUAAACACUCUUAUAUAAAAUACGGUUGCAGUUACAGGAAGAAGGUGUUUAGAGAUAGAGAUAGAAAGAAAGAAAGAAAGAGAGAGAGAAAAAAAAGAAAUAAGAGCAUAAAAAAGUGAAUGCAUUGCUGGUUUAGCAGAGGUCGAGAGAGAAAUAAAGGAGCAGCAAGCCUCUUGACUUUAAAGGAGCCACAAGAGACGCACUCAUAAUACCUAUUUUAUAACUAUAUUUAUCAGUAUGAUAACGCGCUAUAUAUAUACAUACUAAGUACUAUUCGUAUAAAUACAUAACAUUAUAAAAUAAUUGAAAAACGACUGUGAUAUCGAACGAUCUUGUGACAUUCAAUUUCCAAGCAAAUUGAAAGAAAAUAAAAAUGAUAAACGUGAGUAAGAGAGAAGAGAGAAGAGAGAGAGAGAGAGAGAGAGAGAGAGAGAGAGAGA